AUGUGUCGAUACACGGAUGUGCGAUACAGAUGCUUUGGCUGUGGUAAGCACGACGAGCACAACGCCAAGACGACCAGGCAUCUGUGUUCCUGGGCCAAAUGGAAGAGCUGGGGCUCACCAGAUCCCAUCAACUUUUGGGGUAAGUUUUGCCAGGUCAACCACGAUGUCGAGUACCAGCGGGGCGAUGACCUAUGCACGAAAUGCCAGGAGCACCGUGAGGAGAGGAGUGGCUUGUUUGCCGAGAUCUUUUGGACCAUUGCCAAUGAGAAAAAGUCCAAGACUUGGAGUCAGUUUCUCCCCAUGGCCUUCAGUGGCUUCAAGCGUAGCCCAUGGGACUUGUGGAUCUUUGUCAUGGAGAUUCUCGAGGACCCUUUGGCCGCGUUUGCUCGCAUUCGUUUGCCUGGGAUACGUUUAAUAGUGAAGGCCAAGUCACAAUGA